UUAUCCUGGGAAGAUUUUUGUGUUUUGGUAAAUGAAUGUUACUUUAUAUGCAUAUUCAUAUUAUUCACUGAAUAACAAGAAUACCUAAUCAAUCUACCUGAGUUCGCGGUGGUGAGACAAAAGCGCAGACAGGUUUUGAAACCUUUUUUUCGAAAGUCGGAGUUGGAUUCCUACUUCUCUAACUUAUCCUUCUUCACGAUUUUAUAUUGUGAAUUGGUGUUCGACAGGCACAUUCAUAUCCAUAUCCAUAUUCACAGUUACUUUUACACUCCAUUAUAUUUCCUCUGCACAACUAUAUCUCCUCGCGCAUUCGCAUUACCAUACGAUAGAUACAACAAAUCCAAAACCCCUCUUCUAUCAAACCUCAGCAAAUACCAGAACACUAUCCUCAUCAUGAGGUCGCAUAUCUGGACAGUAGCACUGCUACUUCUCUCCUCAACGCCUUCAUUCGCACAUCCGCAAUAUGUACCCUCAAAUGAACUUAUCGUGCGCGGCGCAAAUGCGAACGCUAAUGCGCAUGUGGAGACGGAGGAUUUUACCUGGUAUUUGAAAGAGAAAGAAGAUGGCGAUUUGUUUAAACGGAAAGGUGGUGGAGGCGGAGGUGGAAGAGGUGGUGGCGGUAGUUCGAGUGGUGGGAAGGGAAGUGGCGGAGGAAGCUCUUCUUCGAGGUAUGUUUAUGGAGAUUCUUUCAUUUCUAAAGUUGGGACGGAUAAAGAGGAGGAAGAUGGGUGCGGGAAGUUUCUGGGGAUUCGGUUAUGUUUCACAUGUUAAGAAGAGGGGAUCUCUCAUGGCAGUAGUGGCUGCUGUGGCGGCAAAUGCAUCAGUCUCAAAAGAAUCAAGCUCUAACUCUCCAUAAAGCAGUUCUUCAUCUUCAGGAAAAGGAGGAUCAGGAGGAGGAGUAACUUCAUCAUCUUCUUCUGCCGGUGGCGCCACAAAAGCCGGGUCUGGACCACGACCUGCUUAUGGUGGUGGAAGAUAUGUAUGUGCCCAUCCCUCAAAGAUAAUCUACAUAUCAAAGACUAACCAAACACAUUAGUAUGGCGGUGGAGCAACAACACCUUAUUCAGCCGGACGUAAGUCACCAUUAGGAAUAGCUCCUCUCUUCCUUGGUCUCGGCGCCCUAUCCAUCUUUCCCGGCCUCUGGCUCUUCGGCGCCUACAGCUAUCCAUACCACAAUCCAUAUACAUUCCGCAACCAAUCUGCCAUUCGCAAUUCCACAAAUACUACAUCCAAAACACUAGACACCCGUCAGAAUUCCGACACAACAGGAGUCAAUGAAACACUACCUGUUACCUGUCUCUGCGCUGCAUAUUCAGAAUGUGGAUGUGAAGAUAACUCAGAUACUUCGUUCCUGGACGAAUUGAUCGGAAAUGGAAGUUAUACAGCGUUGAACAAAACAUUAGUUAAUGUCGCGGAUGUUAAUGGAACGAAAACGAUUCUUAUUAAUGGGACAUUACCCAAUGGGACGACUGCGAGUGGUGGAACGGAUUCUGCUGCUGGAAGGACAGUGGCUGAGGGUAUGGGUUGGUGGGUUAUGAUCGCGAUGGUUUUUGCUACGUGUUUUGCUAUUUAAUUUUCUGGGGAGACAGAUCGAGGGGAUGAGUAACCUAAAUAUCCUAGGAUUAUUUUCCACGCGAUAUUUAUUCGUAUUCGGGUAUGGAGAACACACGGGUUUCCAUUGUAACAUUUUCAGCAUGAGAUGAGUAAGGGAGGUAUCACUCUCAUUCUCAUUUUCAUUCCCAUUAUUCCUUUCUUUUCAUUUCAUUUCUUCUCCUUUCCUUCUACUAUCCCGGCGUUUCAAGUGCCGCGGCAAUAGGAACUGGAAUGAGGUCAUGACAUGAUCCUUACGAUGUAUUACUGCUAUGAGGAAAUGGGAAAUUGGAUAAUGCAUGAGCAUGAGCAUGAGCAUGAGCAUGAUGAAUGGAUGGAAUGGAUGGAAUGGUGGAUAUACACUCAAAUAGAAAUAGGUAAACCUUAGAAUACCUGAGGCUAGAGCAGCAACGCUAGGGGAGAUAAUCGUGGAGUUUUGAGUUGUAAUUAUAGUUAUAGUUGUAGUUAAUUAAUUGAAUGAAUGAAUGGAUGAAUGGCUAGUUU